AUUAUUGUUGAAUCAUGGCGGCGGACGUAGGUUGGUUUCGGCAAACGCUCAGCAAUAUUUCCAAUGAAAUCGAAGUAAUUAACAAUUUAUCAGAACUGAAAAUUGCUCUGACAAGUGUUAAUACCAUGCAAAUAAAAACACUCGCUUUGAAUUUGGAUCUCGGUGUAAUAUUUGACUGUCUCAAUUCGUCCGACAAUCAACAAAUAGAGCUGGGCUGUCAUAUAUUGGAAGAACUCCUGCCCUGUUUGGAACCUGCAGUUUUGCUCAAUAAGUAUGGUGUGGCCAUGCAUAGAGCUUUGGCACAUCCCAAUGAGACUGUCAAGCAAGUUGUUCUUACUGAGAUGUGUAGAGCAGUGAAAGACAGUGACCUAGUGUCUCGAAUGGGCGACCAACAGGCCCUACUGUUGAGUGUUGUCGAGUGUGUGGGUCACGACAACAUGUCAGUAGCCAAGAUCGCCAUCUCUUUCCUGGUUUGGAUGGGUCAGACGCCGUCCUACCUUGGCACACUCCUGUCGCCACAACUCUUGCAGGCGUUCAACGCGGUCAAGAAGAAGAACGAAACUACACGGUUCAGGGUAUUUGAGGUUAUAGUAGAAGUAAGCGCCAUAUCCAGUCCAGGCCUGGAAGCAUGUCAUAACAGUGGACUGCUGACUGAACUGUUGAAUGAGACUAAGCAGAAAAGUGACAUCCUAACCAAAUUGACAGCUAUCGAACUCAUCACCAAGUUGGCGCUCACUCAUCACGGCAUGGAUUAUUUGGAGAAAUAUGGCGUCACUGAUGCAUUGGCGCAAGAGAUUGUUGGCUGUGGAGAUGGGUCGCUGGAGUCGCUUAUUAUCCCUGAAGUAAGCGCCAUAUCCAGUCCAGGCCUGGAAGCAUGUCAUAACAGUGGACUGCUGACUGAACUGUUGAAUGAGACUAAGCAGAAAAGUGACAUCCUAACCAAGUUGACAGCUAUCGAACUCAUCACCAAGUUGGCGCUCACUCAUCACGGCAUGGAUUAUUUGGAGAAAUAUGGCGUCACUGAUGCACUGGCGCAAGAGAUUGUUGGCUGUGGAGAUGGGUCGCUGGAGUCGCUUAUUAUCCCUGGUAUAAUGAAGUUCUUCGGCAACAUAGCGCAGUUCUGGCCGCGGGAUAUAUUCGAAAAGUACUCGAAAGUGAUUGGCGCCAUAUUUGAGUUUUCAAAUUCGGCCGAUGCAAACCUGGCGGCCAUCGCGUUGGAAACGAUCGGCUAUGUGGCCACCACACCCGAGGGUAAACUCUGUCUGAACAAACAUGGAGAUGCGAUGUCUUCAGUAAUGCGAAAACUCAACCAACUGAUCACUUCAGCUCCGGCAGAAGUCAGAGUUCGCCCUCUCAACACCAUUGCAAAUAUUAUUGGCUUGGAGUCUUUCCGAUGCAAUCCCACGCUGAGUUUCAUGAAUAUCUGUCAUCUGCCGUUUGCUGAACUGAGAUUAGCCGGAUUUUUAAUCCUGCAGAAGAUGUCCAUCCAAGUCUGGGGCCAGAAGCACGUACUCAACUGUCCAGGUCUAAUCGAGUUCCUGAUGGAUCGAGACGUUGAACCGACGCUGGAGUGCAAAACGUCCAAAUUUCAAAUCGUCGAGUUUUUGGUGGGAUCUAAUACAACGGAGACCGUAUUUGGAGAGAUUCUGUACAAGAGACUGGUGGACUUUGUCAGGGAUGGACCCUGCUAUGUGCAGGCUCUAACCGAAGUGGCCAUUGAAGGCGCUGCUUAA